CGUUGAAAAAGUGCGCGGCUCUAAUACACUACUGUAUCCAGGAAAGAUUGGAAUCUGACUGGAACAUGGCGCUGUUUCCCAACUCCCUCACAGAAGAGGAGGAAACACUGCAGAAGAAAUACGCCAAACUAAAGAAAAAGAAAAAAGCCCUGCUGGCGCUGAAGAAGCAGAGCUCCAGCAAUCAGACGAGUCAGGCUGGACUCAAACGCACCUUGUCCGAUCAGCCUGUGGUGGACACGGCGACGGCCACUGAGCAGGCCAAGAUGCUCAUCAAAUCCGGCGCCAUAAGUGCCAUCAAAUCCGAGAACAAAAACUCGGGGUUCAAGCGAUCGCGAACGCUUGAGGGUAAAUUAAAGGAUCCUGAGAAAGGUCCAGUUCCAGCAUUCUUGCCGUUUCAGAGAAGCGUCUCGACAGAUGAGGAGAUUUCUGAGUCGGCUAAAAGAAACCACAGAAAGGCUCUGUAUGAGAGCUUUGUCGGCCCGGCCGAGCGCUCACGUGACGACGACGAAGGUGGAGGAGCAUCGAACCGGGAUUUCGAGCGCGACCGGGACCGGGACAGAGAGCUGGAACGAGAUCGCGAUCGAGACAGGGACAGAGACCGAGAUCGCGGGCGAGACAGAGAGCGAGAGCGAGAACGGAACAGAGACAGGAGCAGAGACAGAGACCGAGAGCGGGACAGGGAGAGAGACCGUGAACGAGAGCGAGAGCGAGACGGACCCUUCAGACGUACAGACUCGUACCCGGAGCGCCGAGGGAUGCGCAAAGGGAACACGGUGUAUGUUUACGGUGCAGGCAUGGUGGAAGAGAGCCUGCGUGCAGCUUUCUCUCAACAUGGCACCAUCAUCGACCUGUCCAUGGACUCGCCACGCAACUGCGCGUUUGUCACUUUUGAGAAGAUGGAGUCGGCAGAUCAGGCUGUAGUCGAGCUGAAUAACACCACAGUGGGUGACGUCACGAUCAAAGUCAGCAUCGCCAGGAAGCAGCCCAUGCUGGAUGCAGCGACGGGGAAAUCAGUCUGGGGUUCUCUGGCUGUCCAUAACAGCGCCAAGGGUUCAUACAGGGACAAGCGGAAUCAAGUCGUCUACAGUGAAGAUUUCCUCUGAGCAUCGCAAUAUUUUUUUUAUGCAGCACUGCUACUGGCUUUCUGCAUAGCCCUAUGUUUUAUUCAUGUGAAUUAAAGUUGUAAAAUUGCUUUAUUAAAAUGCUUAAGUGUGUAGAGGA